UUAGAACAUAAGUUCAGAUCACAACUUAUACGUGUCAUUAAAAAAAUAAUAAAAAGAAAACUCUUUGCCAAAAUGGUUUGCAAAGGAUGCAAUAACAACUGCCAAUGUUCCACAACCAAAUGUGGUGACAACUGUGCCUGCAACAAGGAAUGCAAUUGUGUCUGCAAGAAUGGACCCAAGGAUCAAUGCUGCUCUAAUAAAAAUUAAUUCUGAUUAAUGCUAAAAAAUGUAUUUAAAAGUUUAUAUGAGAAAAGAUUGACGAAAAUUGUGAAGAAAUAAAGCUCUUAGAUUCUCAAGA